CAAAUGUCAAAUCAACAUCAUGAUUGAGUUACAAUGCACAAUAGUUGCAGAAAAUAAAUUAAGAUUGACCCAAUUGUUUUCUUUUGUGGGGAAGACGCAACCAUUCGCUAUUGGCUGUGCGAUCCAAACCUGUGUUCCUCCAAGGGCGGGGUUGGGUGGAGAGGGAUUUAGUACUAAAGGAUCGGACAGGAUCCAGAGGUGAGAGUCAGGAGAUUGUGUCACAAGUGAGUCAACACGUAGCGCCGUCCUUGGAGUUUGAAGAGAGACACAUUUGCAGCUCUGUUCAAACCUGGUUUUGGUGGAAUUCUUUAGAUUUCACUUUUUUUUUUGCUCUAAAUCUCCUCAACUAACUCUUACCGCUGUCCUUGAAUUUUCAAGAGACGUUCCACUGCUGUGCAAAUAUUAGUUAUCCAAGAUAGAGCGAAAUAAGCUCUCCAACCGAAUCGUGGAUGUCUGUAGCGGUUAUGACAGCUAAAACAGAACUGUCCGGCUGGCCAGACUUCUCAGCUGAGGACUUCCCCCUGUUAGAACAAUCGAAACUGGGACAUAUCAGAUCCAGAACCUGGGUAACAUCUCCAGGAGGAGGGAAGUCUCCAUACUCACCCAGAGAUACGGGCCAUUACGCACACAGCGGCUCCAUGGAUCGCUCACUGGAGAAACUCAUGUCGGUGAGUAAACUGGCGAACAGUGGUUUCAGGAUAGAGAUGGACCUAGAUACAGUACAGGCGGACCAGGGAGAAGGAGGAAACCGUAAGCAGAAACGCCGGCGCGUCGCAGCUAACGCCCGGGAGAGGCGAAGGAUGCAUGGGCUGAACAAGGCGUUUGACACGUUGCGGAGCGUGAUCCCGUCCAACAAUAAUAAAUUGUCCAAGUAUGAUACUCUCCAAAUGGCUCAGAUCUACAUCCAGGAGCUUUCGGAGCUGCUCACCGGGGUGGUGAAGCCAGAGAGUCGGGGAGGGUCACGGAGUGGAUGCGCCUCUCCGCUGGGGUCUUUCUCUCCAGAGCCCCGGGAGGACGGUGGCGGGAUGUCUGGGAUCAGCUCAAACCUGCAGGACUCCACCUCACCGCAGCCUCUGAACAGGAGACUGAUCGGAGAUCAGGAGAACACUGGCCCCGUCGGUCACCUCAUCAUUCUGUCUGCGCCUAAAUCUGAUCUAGGAUCGGGGAACAAGAGGGUCUCUAACACAUCUAACGGGAGUGAUGGAGAGUCGUCGCAUUACAGUGAUUUUGAGGACGGACAUGCCGGCAGACAGUGCUAAUUUUAGAGACUGAAUGACACAACAGGAACUCUUAUAGGAUACGUUUUAAUAUGGAUUGUUUAAUAUUUGAAAUAAACGGUCUGUGUUUUAGAAUACAUAAUAACGGAAAUCAAAUGGUUUAGAUUGAGACGGGAGUCUAUACCUAAUCUCCACUACAUUUAGUCAACAACACAUUGGUCUCAUCUUGCCAUAUGUAUUAGAUAUGGACACCAGGGUUGGGGGUUCAAUUCCAUGUUCAAUUCCCGUCAGUUCAGGAAGUGUAAUGAAAUUCAAAUGAAAAUCUCUUCAAUGGUUUGCCAAUGGGAAAAAUUGGAAUCUGAAUGUAUCCCAACCCUGCUUUGUAGGCCAUCUUGAAAAGUUAAAUUGAGAUGGUAGUCUAGCCUACAUUUAGACAAGAACACGAAUAUUCCAGUGAGUAAAAGAUGUACCUUUUUAUAAAAAAUAAAAUUUUAAAAAGAUUGCAGUUAUGAAACUGCAGUAAAAGUGCAGGAACUGCAGUCAAUAGUGAUAUUUUGGAGGCAGUAGUUGUAGAAUAACUGUCGUUAUACUGCACACUGACUGCACUCUCUUUCAAUAAGGGUUUGAAAAGAAGUAUUUUACUCAUAGGGACGUUUCAUCAUGCCAUAUUUAUUUAUUAAAUAUCGACACUGCAAAAUAAAAAGAGGUAGCCUACUGUGUGAUAUUGUAGACUUUAUUACGUAUUUAAACAAGGCCUUGUAAUAUGACUUCUCAUAAGGGUUUUCUUUCCUUCCUUGCACUUUAUUGACUAAAUAAGUCUGGAACAUUUGGUUUCAAUGUCUGGCUGCAUUUAUAUCUAAUAUUUUUUUGAAAAUAUAACUACUUUGAUAUUUAUGUAUUGCUAUUUUGUAUUCUUGCAAUAAUAGUUUUUGAUGGAAUAAAUAAAGUUUAGUAUUUGGCAGAUA